AUGUCUCACAUCGUACUCAACCCGCUUCUCCAGUACUCGCAGCACGACUUGCCAGGUGGCAACCGUUGCAGGAUCAAAUGGGACUUGCGGCAACCCCCUUGUUCUUCAGCUCAACUCAUUGAAUCAGACCAAACCCUUUCCGAUACCGAGCUUGCGCAACACGCCACCCAUCCCCCGUUGAACACUCUGCAGAUAAUUUGUGGCGUUUUACCAUUCGAGUGGCCAAUCAUCGCACAAAACCCUACCGGUGUUACAAUCGCGGACGUGCUACAGGCCAUUCAUCAGACCGUAAUGGUUCAAAUCAAACAGAAUGAAUACGACGCGUUGUCGCUCAAACAGCGGAACCGCAUUGCCCAAAUCUUCGACACGAGGUGGCGAGCCUCGCUCGAGCCGCGCACUAUAUGGUCUUUCGGAGUAUUGCGGGUCGACUGCCUGCUCAACCACACCAUUUUCGCUGGGUUGACAAUGACGAUUGAGGGGACAGAUGCCUGCAUCGUUUCCCUCCGUCGUGUGAACUAG